CUCUCUCUCUCUCUCCGAGCAUUCUCUCCAAAAUUUAUAAGCCACAGAAAAACACCUUCUUCAACAAACGCAAAAAAGGGGAGAGAUUCAUCUAAUCCGCUGCUGAGGAAUUUCAAUCUCUCUCUCUGUGAUAUCUCAGACCUCCAAUUCUUCAUCCAACCCUUUGGUCCUUCCCCAGGUUUUCCUUUAUAUAUAAGGUGUAUAAAUUUUAUAUUCCUAUUGUAAUAUAGCAAAAUUCUCUGUUUUUGUAAAUUGUAUAUAUAUAUAUAUAUCUUAGUUUCUGUCUAGUUGGGCUGGUUUGUGAGUGAAAUCUGAUUAAUUCUAGAGUUAAUAAGACUUGGUCUUUGCUCGGUAUAUUCUGUAUAUUUCAAUUCCUUUUGUUUUCAGCUUUUUUGCUUUUUGGGGUUGGAUUUUUAAUAGCUUUUAAGCUGUGGGUGGUGUUAAUUUGGGGGAUUUGGGUUGAUGGGUCUAAUGGGUUAUGCUUAGUUUUUGCUUCAAGGGAACGUUUUUUUAUGGUUCUUUGACAGCAUAGCUGGACUUGGUAAAAGAAUAAUUAGGACUCAGUUUUAACAAAAUAUGGGGUUAUUUGACCUGACAAGAACAGUUGAGUUGUAGUUUUAAAUCCUCAGUUGGAAAGGAAUUGAUUGUUAUCUGGCUCAAGUUUGGCUUAUAACUGUUGAGUUCAGCUUAAAUUCAAAAGGGUUUUUAGCAUAAGUUAGAAUUCUUAAGUAAUACAAGUUUAGCUUGGUUGAGGUAUUUGUCAAGCAUGGCUGAAUCAAUUACUUCAACAUCUCUUCUUGGGCACCGGCCGCUCUAUACAGGAGCUUUCAUUAAGGAUGUCUCUAACAAGAGGAGGUCUUCGGAUAAAUGUCGGUUCCCGAUGGCAGAAAUUCUUAGUAGAAGGAUUACUAUGGCUCCUCCUUUGCCAAAGUUGAGAGUUGAUCACUCAAAAAAUUCAUCAAUUAAGGCCCUUGCAAUGGAGCUAGCGAAAGAGACCUAUUCAUUCAAGGAGGAUAGGAUUCCCAAGAAAUGGGAUUAUCCUACCGAUACCAGUGUAGAUCGAAAACCUGGUUUGUGGCCACCAGAGAAUAAAGCAGAUAACCCUUCGCUACACAAUCCCUUGCUUCGACAAGAACGGAUGGGUAGUGGUUGGCUAGUUGCCAUAUUCGAGUGGGAAGGAGUUCUGAUUGAAGACAAUACUGAUCUUGAGAAGCAAGCCUGGCUGGCUCUUUCUCAAGAAGAAGGAAAGUCUCCUCCCCCAGCUUUCAUGCUUAGAAGGAUAGAAGGUAUGAAGAAUGAGCAGGCAAUUUCUGAAGUUCUCUGCUGGUCAAGAGACCCAGCACAGAUGAGAAGAAUGGCUACUCGAAAGGAAGACAUUUACCAAGCGUUGCAGGGUGGGAUAUAUAGAUUGCGAGCUGGAUCAAGAGAGUUUGUGAAUUUUUUGAUGCAUUACAACAUACCGAUGGCACUGGUCUCUACACGUCCAAGAAAAACGCUUGAGGCUGCAAUUGGAAAUAUUGGUAUUGAAGGAUACUUCAAUGUGACGGUAGCUGCAGAAGAUGUUCAAAGGGGGAAGCCUGAUCCAGAAAUGUUUGAGUAUGCGGCACAACUUCUAAAAUUCAUACCUGAGCGCUGCAUUGUGUUUGGGAACUCAAACCAAACGGUUGAGGCCGCCCAUGACGCCCGGAUGAAGUGUGUGGCUGUUGCUAGCAAGCAUCCCGUAUACGAGCUUGCAGCUGCAGACCUGGUGGUUAGGCGCUUGGACGAGCUAUCUGUGGUUGAUUUGAAGAAUCUUGCUGUUAUAGAAUCCACUGAAUUUGGGUCAGGGGAACCAGAGUUGGAAAUGGAAGAAGAAGACGAUCCAUCUCCGUCAACCAGGGUAACAUUUGAUGAUAAUUUCUGGUAACCCUGUAAAAUGUACAGAUGCUUAUUCUUAAUUUGAUUCUUGAUGAUAUAGUUUUAUAUCAACAAUGCUGUGUAUAAGAAAAAAAAAAAAGUGGGGAAGAAGCAAGUGAAGAAAAAAAGAAGUAUGAAGUAUUUCAGGUGGUCUGCAUUGGACUAUCUUCCUGUUAUCAUGUAAGUAUUUAUGUACAAUAUAUAUGAAUAGAACAUCUAAUAAAUAUUUGGUGCUGCUUCUG